AAGCGGAAGUUCCGACUUGGUGCUGUCACUUCCUGUUUCAAGUGACAGCCAUUUUUGCGGUGAAUUGGAGGAAGGGGAACCUGAGCCGUACACACUAAACAUCCGAGUCGUCAGCUGAGUCUCGGGGACGUGACACCAAUUCCUCAGCUGAGGUGAGACGGUGCCGCUUGUGCCGCCAUUCACGGGGGUGAGCUUUGGCUGCAAGAAAAGAGAAUAAGGUUUGAGAAACCAUGACGGACUCUAAAUACUUCACCACCACCAAGAAAGGUGAGAUCUUUGAGCUAAAAGCAGAACUGAACAGUGACAAGAAAGAAAAGAAGAAAGAAGCUGUGAAGAAGGUUAUAGCCUCCAUGACAGUAGGGAAAGAUGUCAGUGCCCUAUUCCCAGAUGUGGUGAACUGUAUGCAGACAGAUAACCUGGAGCUGAAGAAGUUGGUAUACCUUUAUCUGAUGAACUAUGCCAAAAGCCAGCCAGACAUGGCCAUCAUGGCUGUGAACACAUUCGUUAAGGACUGUGAAGAUCCAAAUCCUCUUAUCCGUGCCCUAGCAGUACGUACAAUGGGCUGUAUUCGGGUGGACAAGAUCACAGAAUACCUGUGUGAGCCACUUCGCAAGUGUCUGAAAGAUGAGGAUCCGUAUGUACGCAAGACUGCUGCUGUGUGUGUAGCAAAACUACAUGACAUCAAUGCUCAGCUAGUGGAAGACCAGGGAUUCCUUGACACCUUAAAAGAUUUAAUAUCUGACUCAAACCCCAUGGUUGUGGCUAAUGCUGUGGCAGCUUUGUCUGAGAUUGCUGAAUCACAUCCAAGCAGCAAUCUGCUAGACCUAAACCCUCAGUCAAUAAACAAGCUUCUUACAGCUCUAAAUGAGUGCACAGAAUGGGGCCAAAUAUUUAUCCUGGACUGUCUGGCCAACUAUAUCCCAAAAGAUGACCGUGAAGCACAGAGUGUAUGUGAACGUGUUACUCCACGGCUCUCCCAUGCAAACGCAGCUGUGGUUCUGUCUGCAGUGAAAGUCCUAAUGAAGUUCAUGGAACUGCUGUCAAAAGACUUAGACUAUUAUGGUACACUCCUGAAGAAGCUAGCUCCACCCCUGGUAACUCUACUUUCUGCAGAGCCUGAGCUGCAGUAUGUGGCAUUACGCAACAUCAACUUAAUAGUCCAGAAACGGCCUGAGAUCCUUAAACAUGAAAUGAAAGUUUUCUUUGUAAAAUACAAUGACCCAAUAUAUGUGAAAUUAGAAAAAUUAGACAUCAUGAUUCGCCUGGCAUCACCAGCAAACAUCGCACAGGUUCUUGCUGAGCUGAAGGAAUAUGCCACAGAAGUGGAUGUUGACUUUGUGCGCAAAGCUGUAAGAGCAAUCGGACGUUGUGCCAUCAAGGUGGAGCAAUCUGCAGAGCGCUGCGUUAGCACCUUGCUUGAUCUCAUCCAAACCAAAGUCAAUUAUGUAGUUCAGGAAGCCAUCGUGGUGAUAAAGGACAUAUUCAGGAAGUAUCCAAACAAGUAUGAAAGUGUCAUAUCAACUUUAUGUGAGAACCUGGACUCUCUGGAUGAGCCGGAGGCUCGGGCUGCAAUGAUUUGGAUUGUGGGGGAAUAUGCAGAACGCAUAGACAAUGCAGACGAGCUACUAGAGAGCUUCCUGGAGGGAUUCCAUGAUGAGAGCACACAGGUCCAGUUACAACUUCUAACAGCAAUUGUGAAGCUUUUCUUGAAAAAACCAACUGAGACCCAGGAACUGGUGCAACAAGUAUUGAGUUUAGCAACACAGGAUUCAGAUAAUCCAGAUCUUCGGGAUCGUGGCUACAUCUAUUGGAGGCUCCUGUCCACUGACCCAGUUGCUGCUAAAGAAGUUGUCUUAGCAGAGAAGCCAUUGAUUUCUGAAGAGACUGACCUAAUUGAGCCCACUUUGCUAGAUGAGCUUAUAUGUUACAUUGGAACAUUGGCUUCUGUCUACCACAAGCCUCCUAAUGCCUUUGUGGAGGGAAGCAGAGGGGUUGUGCCUAAGAGGCUCCCGCCACGCACUGGCUCGAGCGAGAGUGCAGAAAGUCCAGAGGCAGCACCCGCAGGUGUUCCCACAGAGACUCACCCCUCUGUCAUUCCAUCACAAGGAGACCUUCUGGGGGAUCUCCUUAACUUGGAUCUAGCUCCACCCAUUACUGGGCCUCCACUUACUACAAGUUCUGUUCCCUUAGGAGGUGUGGACUUGCUUGGUGGAGGAUUAGAUAGUUUGCUGGGCGGAGACGCAAGCACUGGUUUGGGGCUUCCUACAGGAUUCAUGGCUCCCCCUGUGGCUGCAAAUCCUCUUGGCCAAUCUCUUGGCGGAGGUCUGGGAGAUCUUUUUGAUCUAGGUGGUGGAACAGGUGGGGUCCCUGGACCUUAUGUGGCUCCAAAAGCAGUAUGGUUGCAUGCUAUGAAAGGGAAAGGCCUGGAAAUUAGUGGUACCUUUGCUCGAAGAUCUGGAACAGUAUUCAUGGACCUGGUUUUCACCAAUCGAGCACUCCAGGUCAUGAGUGACUUUGCUAUUCAGUUCAAUCGCAAUAGUUUUGGGCUGGCACCUGCUGCUCCUCUCCAGAUACUCACACCCUUGGCACCAAACCAGUCUACUGAAGUGUCUCUUCCGAUAAACACAAUUGGCUCUGUCAUGAAAAUGGAACCUCUUAACAACCUUCAGGUUGCUGUAAAGAACAAUAUAGAUGUAUUUUACUUCAGUAUCUUGUACCCUCUACACAUACUUUUCAUAGAAGAUGGAAAGAUGGAGCGACAGAUGUUUUUGGCCACGUGGAAGGAUAUAGCAAAUGAGAAUGAGGCACAGUUUCAAAUAAGAGACUGCCCUACAGGUUCAGAUGCAGUAAGCAACAAGCUGCAGGCUAGCAAUAUCUUCACGGUGGCCCGAAGAACAGUUGAAGGUCAAGAUAUGCUUUACCAAUCAAUGAAGCUUACCAAUGGCAUCUGGGUUUUAGCAGAAGUGAGAAUGCAACCUGGUAGCCCCAACUGCACACUGUCUCUAAAGUGCUGUGCACCCGAAGUAUCCCAGUUCGUCUUCCAAGCUUACGAGACUGUUGUGAAGAACUAAGUAUUAUCCUGAUCCUCGCCAGCCUUCCUUUCAAGAUGAUGGAUGUAGUUCUUUAUGGAUAGAGGUUGGACGUACCAGGAAGGGACCUCUGGGAAAAGAAUGAACCUACUUUUCAAUCAGAAAACCAAACAUGGACCAAAUAAUGAAGUGUUGAUUUUAUGCUCUCGCACCAUCACCUACCCAACAUUUUAAGCCUUUAUUUUUCUGGGAUGGGUAAAAAUGGGAUUAAGAUAUAUAUCAUGUUCUUUUUAGUAGGUUUGGUGAAGCGAUCUGCUUGUUAUGUUUUAAGAGAUGGUUUGUACUGUUUCUUAUUAACUUAAUAUGGAGUAACUUGGAUAAAAAUGUAUGUAUAUAAAAAAAA